AUGGCGCCAUCAAGCCUUACGCUGCAGCCCGUGCGUUCGUCCACGGCGCGCAACCCCCUCCGCGCAGCAGCCGCGGCCGCAGCAGCAACGUCUGCAUCAGCUGCUUCUUCCGCUGGCGCCGCCGCUCCCCGUCGCACCAGCAGCGCCACCGACCCUCUGCGAGCGUCUGUCGCCGACAGGUUCCUGUCGCACGACCUGCACCUGCGGUCGCACAGCGCGUCGUCCGACACUUCUUCUGCUGUCGCACGGUUCCGCUCCGCCGUUUCCUCCCCCGCGGCUGGCGAGCAACGCGUUGGUGACUUCCCCCGUUAUGCGCACCUCCGCUAUGAUAGCACGGCGCUACCACGAGCCGCUAGCGAUCCGUCGAUUUCCGCGAUCCACGCGCGUGUACCUGCUGCUGCGGGUGCUGUCGCCCUCCCUGCUGACGCGGCCGGAACGAGUUACGGGCUUUCAGAGCCGCACUGGGAGUGGGAGGAAGCGACUUCUUCGAGCGACGCAGGCGACCAUGAGGAAGAGUCGCACGGCGACGGCGGCGGCGACGACGACGACCUGCCUGGGGUCUCGGGCCGCGUGUUCUGCGACGUGCUGGCGGGUGGAGGGGCUUCGCCGUCCGGCGAGCGACGCGAGACGGCGGACGACGUGAUGGAAUGGCAGCAGCUGACCCACGCCGUGAUGCUGUGCCUGUCCGGCGCAACAGCAGCGGAGAGCCGGCUCGAGGAGAGCGUGAACGACGUGCUGGGUGCCAUCGCACUCGCGCAGACGGGGGGCGACGCAGAUGGGCAGUCGCAAGCCGUCGCACAGUCGCAGAGGGGGGAGACAGGAGGGGCAUUUGUAGAGGGGGAGCGUGCGAGCAGCAGUGAUAUGACGGCGUGCCCCGGGUGCGAUAAGGCGGCAGAGAGGGUUGCUCUGGCCGCUUUCCUUGCCGCCAUGGGCCAUGACGUCAUCCUGUGCAAAUCCAUGUGGACGGCCAAUCAGGACAUGCCACCUGGCCACUACCAUUUUCUGGAAGUGUCGCUUGGGAAAUCUGAUGAUGGCACUGGGUCUUCCAGCUCUGUAGCAGACAGCCAUUCGCCACCAACAUUCCGAAGCAGCAGCCGCAGCAGCAACAGCAGCGGCAGCGGCAGCAGUGAUGCUAGCGACGCCAGUAGCGCUGGUAACAGCUUGCCCUCUUUCGCCUCCCCCGGGCCGCUCACGUCCGCGGUGGUCGACGUGUCGUUCCAGCAGCAGUUCCACGUGGCACGGCCGUCGCGGCGCUACCAGCAGCUGCUGGCGCUGCUGCCGCGCGUGUUUGUGGGGUCGUACGCGCGCCUGCGCGCGCUCGUGCGCCUCAUGGCGGCAGCGGCGCAGCAGUCGCUGCUCACCGUCGCGCUGCCCAUCGCGCCCUGGCGCAAGGCGCGCUACAUGGCCAAGCUCUGGUUCCCGCAAGGCGCUGCCGCCUCCACCGCCGCCGCCGCUGCUGCGGCUGCCACUGCUGGGGGCGGCGGAAGUGGGGGUGGCGUUGCUGACAACGCUGGUGGCGGCGGUGGUGGCUUGGAGGGGAGUGUGCGCAAUGGUGUGGUGCGGAGGCGGGUGGUGUGGGGGGCUGUGGCGGGUAGCACGGCAGGUGCGUCUGAGGUGGCCGUGGCUAGCCUGCUGCGGCAGCUGCCGCUGUGCUGCAAGCACGUAGAGAGCAGCACAGGCGCCUCACGAGCAGCAGCGGCAGCAGCAGCAGCAGUAGCUUCCCCCUCGCUGCUGGACCCGCGGGUGCAGCUGAUCGCAAGCAGGCUGCUGACUCCUGGCGCUACUGCAGUGGGCGGUGCAGCCGUCACCACCGCUCUGCACCGCAUUCAACACAUGAUGGACCAACUGAGCAGCGCAGCUUCUGCUGCUGUUACACCUGCCACAAGCACAUCUCGCUCGGUGCACGUCCCAUCUGCCGCUGCUGCUUCUAUCACGCCAGCCCCCUCGCCCUUCUCCCCAUCUGCCUCGUGGUUGUGGAGCCCUCCUGCUGUAUCGCCUAAGCAGCGCCCCGCCAACCGAGAGGGGUCACUCACUCGCCUCUUUCGCUCCCAGGAGAAGCAGAGGAGGGAGGAGAAGGAAGCGCCCAUGGCAUUUCACAUGGCCGCUGCCACAUGA